AUGGAGCCCUCCAGAGCGCUUCUCGGCUGCCUGACGAGCGCCGCCGCUGCCGCCCCGCCGGGGGAGGACGGAGCGGGGGCCGGGGCCGAGGAGGAGGAGGACGAGGAGGAGGAGGCGGCGGCCCCGGGGGAGCUGGGUCCCGAGGCACCGCUGCCCUACUGGACGGCGGUGUUCGAGUACGAGGCGGCGGGCGAGGACGAGCUGACCCUGCGGCUGGGCGACGUGGUGGAGGUGCUGUCCAAGGAUUCGCAGGUGUCCGGCGACGAGGGCUGGUGGACCGGGCAGCUGAACCAGCGGGUGGGCAUCUUCCCCAGCAACUACGUGACCCCGCGCAGCGCCUUCUCCAGCCGCUGCCAGCACGGCGGCGAGGACCCCAGCUGCUACCCGCCCAUCCAGUUGUUAGAGAUUGAUUUUGCGGAGCUAACCCUGGAAGAGAUUAUUGGCAUCGGGGGCUUUGGGAAGGUCUAUCGUGCUUUCUGGAUAGGGGAUGAGGUUGCCGUGAAAGCAGCUCGCCAUGACCCCGAUGAGGACAUCAGCCAGACUAUAGAGAAUGUUCGCCAGGAGGCCAAGCUCUUCGCCAUGCUGAAGCACCCCAACAUCAUUGCCCUUAGGGGGGUGUGUCUGAAGGAACCCAACCUCUGCUUGGUCAUGGAGUUUGCACGUGGAGGGCCUUUGAAUAGAGUGUUAUCUGGGAAAAGGAUUCCCCCAGACAUCCUUGUGAACUGGGCUGUGCAGAUUGCCAGAGGGAUGAACUACUUACAUGAUGAGGCAAUUGUCCCCAUCAUCCACCGCGACCUUAAGUCCAGUAACAUAUUGAUCCUCCAGAAGGUGGAGAACGGAGAUCUGAGCAACAAGAUUCUGAAGAUCACUGAUUUUGGCCUGGCUCGAGAAUGGCAUCGAACCACAAAGAUGAGCGCAGCAGGAACAUAUGCUUGGAUGGCACCCGAAGUCAUUCGUGCCUCCAUGUUUUCCAAAGGCAGUGACGUGUGGAGCUAUGGGGUGCUGCUUUGGGAGCUCCUGACUGGUGAGGUGCCCUUCCGAGGAAUCGAUGGCUUAGCCGUGGCUUAUGGAGUGGCCAUGAACAAGCUCGCCCUUCCCAUUCCUUCUACGUGCCCGGAACCUUUUGCCAAACUCAUGGAAGACUGCUGGAAUCCUGACCCUCAUUCACGACCAUCUUUCACAAAUAUCCUGGACCAGCUAACUACCAUAGAGGAGUCUGGCUUCUUUGAGAUGCCCAAGGACUCCUUCCACUGCCUGCAGGAUGACUGGAAACAUGAGAUUCAGGAGAUGUUUGACCAACUCAGGGCCAAAGAAAAGGAGCUCCGCACCUGGGAGGAGGAGCUGACGCGGGCCGCGCUCCAGCAGAAGACCCAGGAGGAGCUGCUGCGGCGCCGCGAGCAGGAACUGGCCGAGCGGGAGAUCGACAUCCUGGAGCGGGAGCUCAACAUCAUCAUCCACCAGCUGUGCCAGGAGAAGCCCCGGGUGAAGAAACGCAAGGGCAAGUUCAGGAAGAGCCGGCUGAAGCUCAAGGAUGGGAACCGCAUCAGCCUCCCUUCUGAUUUCCAGCACAAGUUCACGGUUCAGGCCUCCCCCACCAUGGAUAAAAAGAAGAGUCUCAUCAGCAGCCGCUCCAGUCCUCCUGCGAGCCCCACCAUCAUUCCUCGCCUUCGAGCCAUCCAGUUGACACCAGGUGAAAACAGCAAAACCUGGGGCCGGAGCUCAAUCAUCCCGAAAGAGGAAGGGGAGGAGGAGGAGAAGAGGGCCCCGAAGAAGAAAGGACGGACGUGGGGGCCAAGUACGCUUGGUCAGAAGGAGCUCGCCUCGGGAGAUGAAGGAUCCCCUCAGAGACGUGAGAAAGCUAAUGGUUUAAGUACCCCAUCAGAAUCUCCACAUUUCCACCUGGGCCUCAAGUCCCUGGUAGAUGGAUACAAACAGUGGUCGUCCAGUGCCCCCAAUCUGGGGAAGGGCCCGAGGAGUAGCCCAGCCCUGCCAGGGUUCACCAGCCUUAUGGAGAUGGAGGAUGAGGACAGCGAAGGCCCAAGGAGUGGGGAGAGUCGUCUGCAGCAUUCACCCAACCAGUCCUACCUCUGUAUCCCAUUCCCUCGUGGAGAGGAGGGAGAGGGCCCCUGUAGUGAUGGAGUCCACGAGGAGCCCACCCCCGUCAACUCAGCCACCAGUACCCCUCAGCUGACGCCCACCAACAGCCUCAAGCGGGGUGGCGGCCACCACCGCCGUUGUGAGGUGGCUCUGCUCGGCUGUGGGGCCGUUCUCGCGGCCACCGGCCUGGGGUUCGACCUGCUGGAAGCUGGCAAGUACCAGCUGCUUGCCCCGGAGGAGCCUGAGCCCCCAGCCCGGGAGGAGAAGAAGAGGCGUGAGGGUCUUUUCCAGAGGGCCAGCCGUCCUCGUCGGAGCACCAGCCCCCCAUCCCGGAAGCUCUUCAAGAAGGAGGAGCCCAUGCUGUUGCUAGGAGACCCCUCUGCCUCCCUAACGCUGCUUUCUCUCUCCUCCAUCUCCGAGUGCAACUCCACCCGCUCCCUGCUGCGUUCUGACAGCGAUGAGAUCGUGGUGUACGAGAUGCCCGUCAGUCCGGUCAAGGCCCCACCCCUGAGCCCUUGCACCCACAACCCCCUGGUCAACGUCCGAGUGGAGCGCUUCAAACGAGACCCUAACCAAUCCCUGACUCCUACCCACGUCACCCUCACGGCCCCCACACAGCCCAGUGGCCACCGGCGGACUCCUUCUGAUGGGGCCCUCAAGCCAGUGGCUCUCCUAGCCAGCAGGAGCCCCUCCAGCAAUGGGCUGAGCCCCAGCCCCGGAGCAGGAAUGUUGAAAACCCCCAGCCCCAGCCGAGACCCAGGUGAAUUCCCCCGUCUCCCUGACCCCAAUGUGGUCUUUCCCCCAACCCCAAGGCGCUGGAACACACAGCAGGACUCCACCCUGGAGAGACCCAAGACCCUGGAGUUUUUGCCUCGGCCACGUCCUUCUGCCAACCGGCAACGGCUGGACCCUUGGUGGUUCGUGUCCCCCAGCCACGCCCGCAGCGCCUCCCCAGCCAACAGCUCCAGCACGGAGACGCCCAGCAACCUGGACUCCUGCCUUGCUAGCAGCAGCAGCACUGUGGAGGAGCGGCCUGGACUUCCCGCCUUGCUCCCGUUCCAGGCGGGGCCGCUGCCCCCCGCCGAGCGGACGCUUCUGGACCUGGACGCGGAGGGCCAGAGUCAGGACAGCACUGUGCCACUGUGCAGAGCUGAACUGAACACACACAGGCCUGCCCCUUAUGAGAUUCAGCAAGAGUUCUGGUCUUAGCAUGAAAAGGGUUGGGGGGCGGCCCAGGGGGAAGCAGGAGGAGAUCGGGGGAGCUGGCUGGCACAGCCCUUUCUCAGAGUUGGACCCCCUGAAAUCCAGCCCUACUUCUUGCACUGAUAAUGCACUUUGAAGAUGGAAGGGUGGAAGCGGGGCCACUUCAGAGGGUCCCCUGCCCUGCAGGGCCUUUCUGCCCAUGUCCACCGGAAGGGGCUGUGGCCAUCAGCUCUGGCUGUGUAGGGGAGGGUGGGGUGCGUGCAUGUCCCCCAGCCUCCACACUCUUCCUCGCCUUUAGGGUGACCCCGCAGGGUCACUCAGCCAAAUCUGUCUGCUGCCCCCUCUCCUCGGCCCCCUGGGUAAGCCCAGAGCCUGUCCUGGAGUCCUUUUGUUAGCCCUGCCGUCCGCCUUCCCAAACACCAGUAUUGGAGGUUCUGUGAGUGAUUUUCUUCCUCUUCUACAUUCUUCCUCAACACCCAUGAGUCAGAAUCU